AUGGCGGAGACCGCGAUGCCGUCGUGGAUGAAGAGGCCCGCGGCGGAGGCCCUCGGAUCGGCGCCUGCUCGCGACCAGAAGGACGACUACCGCAUGCUGGUGAUCGUGCUCGCGAAGCUGGUGCGGACGGGCGCCCGCCAGAUCGCGACGCUGGAGUCGGCCGUGUACGAGAGCUACUUCGCGUCAGAGGACGGCGAGGAGACGAUCGGGCACGUGCCCCGCGUCGCGUGGGCCGACUACGAGAAGACCUCUGGCGAGCUGAAGCAGAAGCAGAAGAACGGCGAGGUGGUGGACUUCCGCUCGAGGGGCGCCCCGCACGUGCGCGUGUUCAUCAACGUGCUGCGUCGCAUCCUGGAGCUCGCCAAGGCGGGGGCGGUCCACGCGGACGAGAGCAUCUACGGCCCCAUCAAGGAGUACUGGGAGACGGUGAUCUUGCACAAGGCGCCGUCCGAGAUCGGCGCGGACGCCCUCCACUUCCGCUGCAAGAAGGCUCGGAAGGACAGCGCCGACGCGAAGGGGGUCCCAAGCAUGGCGGCGUGCAUGAAGAAUCCCCUCGUGAGUGCGAUGUGGACGGCCGCCCUCGGCCACAUGGUCAGGGCCCAGAAGAUCGAGAGGGUGGCGGGUCCAGCGCCCAAGGGGCCCUUGGAGCGCGAGGUAUCGCGCAUCGUCACGGAAAUGCAGCAGAAGUGA